AUGAAGUUAGAUUUCCAUAUCGAUGUUCAAUUAACUGUGGUUCAAUUUGCUGAUCUUGCUGGGACUCAUAUGAAAGGGGUCUUGGCUGGGACACUUGGUCUCUGGUCCAUGUGGUCUGUCAACUUGCAACAGAACUCAGGCCUGGGGGAUCACAAGAGUUAUAACUUGUGUCCAUCCUUGCAUCAUUUCAUGCUAGGUUUUCAUCUUUACCACUUUGAUGAUACCUCGCAACUUCUGGAAAUAGGUCAUCAGCUUCUGUAUCUGCAAGUGCUAUCUCUGUUUCGCUCGCCUGCGACGCGGCCCUGGAUCUCAGCUCAGGAGAUCAAUGAGUGUGUCACUGAGCAUACUUAUGACCUCAUAGGUAUGGACAUAUUUGAUGUGCUUACUUUCAUCAAAGUAAUUUUUCUUACUGGUUCUCAAAUUUUUCCAUCUCUUGUCAGUGAGUGCCUCUUCUUGUUGACUUCUGAAUGCUUUGACACAGCCCAGGUUUUGCAUCCUGUGUCUCCUGAAGAUACGAGUGGUGGAUUGGCUCCUAGUAAGAGUACUGUGUAUGUAUUCAACUUGCCCUUUUCCCUGACAAACAAUGACUUAAACCAGAUAUUUUCCAAGUACGGCAAAGUUGUAAAGGUUACUAUAAUGAAAGAUAAAGAUACCAGGAAGAGUAAAGGGGUUGCAUUUAUAUUGUUUUUGGAUAAAGACUCUGCACAAAACUGCACCAAGGCAAUAAACAACAAACAGUUAUUUGGUAGAGUGAUUAAAGCAAGCAUUGCUAUCGACAAUGGAAGAGCAGCCGAGUUCAUCCGAAGGCGGAAUUACUUUGAUAAAUCUAAGUGUUAUGAAUGUGGGGAAAGUGGACACUUGAGUUAUGCCUGUCCUAAAAAUAUGCUUGGAGAACGUGAACCUCCAAAGAAGAAAGAAAAAAAGAAAAAAAAGAAAAUUCCUGAGCCAGAAGUAGAAAUUGAGGGGAUACAAGAAAGUGAAGAUGAAGGGGAAGAUCUUGCUCUGGACAGCCUCAGUCAGGCCAUAGCAUUCCAGCAAGCCAAAAUUGAAGAACAAAAAAAAUGGAAACCCAGUUCAGGUGGUCCCUCAAUAUCAGAUAAUUCAAGACGCCCCAGGAUAAAGAAAAGCACAUAUUUCAGUGAAGAAGAACUUAGUGAUUAA